AAAGUAAACGUUUCUCUAUUAUAAGCAAAGAUAAUGACAAAUGUCCACAUUAUAGACAUCAAUGAUUAGACUGGACCUCAUAUUUACACACAAACCCACUCAGCCACAAACACAAAGAGAAGACGAAGAAGAAGAAGACUAUGGAGACUCCACCGUCGUCAACACCACUCCGCCGUAGAAACUCCAUAUCCACGAUAACGCCUGCGAUCACCUCCGAUAUUCCUUUCGCGAUCGAAUCAUCGUCCACUACGCCGACGUCGUUUCAUUUCGAGCUCAUCUCGCUGAAACCACCCUCUUACACAUCUCUCAGAGAUAUCAUCUCAUCUCCGAGUAACUCCUCCGUCAACUUACCGUCAGUUAACGGUAGCAGCUCUCCGGUCUUAUCCACCGUUGGAGAUAUCUCGAUACGCAACCCCUUAGUGAAGCAAGCCGCUUGGUCUUAUCUCCAGCCAACGGCGUUAGCUUCAUCGGAAGACUCGCCUGGGUGGUCUCGGUUCCUCCGAGGCGUGUGGCUCCACUUCUCCGCCGGAAUACAGUUCUUGAAACGUAUGUUUGACUGGAUUCUCCAGUCAAUCUGUAUUCAUCCUCAGAUUGUUAAGUAGCUUGGCCCACACGUUUGAUUUGGGUUUCAGAAGUUGAACACAAGUGUUUGUAUACAAUAAAGCGUUAUGAGAAUCAAAAUCAUAUUCAAGAAAAGA